UCCCCCCUCACACACUGUGGCCACAAACCAGACAGACAGGCAGCCAGCCUCCUCAAAACAACCAGCAGCUCCGCUCCGCACCGCCGCCUCACAAGCAUCCCAUGCCUCCACCUGCUCCAGGAUAAACAGACGUCCAGCCGCCCGACAGUCCGUGCAGUCAGCCCAGCAGCCAGGAAGGUGGAAGUCUGCAGGUGAAGAUGCUGGAAAACGGGAGGAAGGUGUUCAAGGAGGGUCUGCUGGAGAAGCGGAGCGACGGGCUGCUGCAGCUCUGGAAGAAGAAGCACUGCGUCCUGACCGAGGACGGCGUGCUGCUGCUGCCGCCCAAGCAGCACGACCACCCGCAGCACCACCAGCAGCAGCACGGCGGCGGAGGGGACACGGGCAAAGUCAAGGAGCUGCACUUCGCCAACAUGAAGACGGUGGACUGCGUGGAGCGGAAGGGCAAGUACGUCUACUUCACGGUGGUCAUGACGGAGGGGAAGGAGAUCGACUUCAGGUGUCCGCAGGACGAGGGCUGGAACGCGGAGAUCACCUUGCAGAUGGUCCAGUACAAGAACCGGCAGGCGAUCCUGGCCGUCAAGUCCACCCGGCAAAAGCAGCAGCUGCUGGUGGUGCAGAUGCCCGGACAGAAGACCGUCCGCAGCUCUCCGAACGUAGCGUGACCUGCGGCGAGUCCCGCGGACACUGGUUCGCCAUUAGCGGUUAAUUGGACACUGAGCUGGAGGAUGAGUGCGAACCCGGGCUGCAUCUCCCCCUGUCGCUUCCCCAUUGAGCUCCAUUCUCCAGGAGGACCCCUCUUCCAUGUAAUGGUUUCCACAGACCAGCGCCCCGGCCCUUUUCAAUACAGAGACUUCUUUCACAAAAGACUGAUGGACAAAAAGCAUGUGAGAAAACAACUGUAUUCUACCGUGCGAUGGGUUUAUCCCUUAUUUAUUAGAUGUGUAUAUAUAUUUUCUAUAAAAAAAUGUUAUGUUGUUGAUGAAUGUUUGGUUGUUGUUAGACUGGAACAGGAGGUCUGAGGUCCGUCGCCUGCUAGUCCGUUGGAGAUGAGAUCACAUAUAGUUAUCUUAGAGUGGUUGAAGUAGGUUAGUCGGUAAAAUGUGUCAUUUCCCAUGAUUUCAUUUUUCAACUGAACCAAAGACUCAUUUCAUUACAUUGCUCUCUCCUGUGCAGCGUUACACCUCUCAGUACUAAAAUCUGUAGAUACUGUAUAUGAUGAGAUACCUGCUCCCCAUAUACACACUUUGUUUUAAGUGCUUGAUUUGUUAAAAGCUACAGUAUAUCUUAGUAUUUACAUUGUGUGCAUCAAUCAUGUUCCAUCGUUUUAUUUGACUGCAUACUAAGGUUAUCUCUUGCUUUCUUGUGAGUCUUAAAUCGGAGGAGGAUACUAGCUUAGUACCCUCAGUUUGUUUUCAGUGGUUACAGAGAAGAGCUUAGUCAUACUAAGAAGACCAUGUGCACACUGAAGUCUUUUUUUGUCAUACUUCAGAGGCUGAGCUGCUUUAAAGACAGUUUGACUGGUUGCAGUAAAACUUUCCCAGCAAAGUAACAUUAGUCUGAAACCCAGAAGAAAAAAUCAAAGGAAACCUAAAAAUAAAGUGGAAAUUUAGACAUAUUUCUUUUUGAGAAAACUCUGCUUUAGCUUAACAUAAACACCCGCUAUCAUAGCUGACUAGCUGUGACCAUUUGUAGUUUCCGCAGAUUUUCUAUACCGAAUACUGUGUGCUUUGAAUAUUUCUGUCCCGUUAACAACUAAGCCACAGCGCCCUUCAUAAUUAUUGGCACCCCUGGUUAAGAUGUUUUGAUCUUUACUCUGAUUUACUGUAUCUACUGUACUCGGAUCUUUAGCUUCUAAUAAAUUCAUUUUUUUUUCUAAAUAAUGUAGGACCACAAUGGAAAAAAAGAGGAAAAUCCAACCUUUAAUCCAAGUGCAUUUAUUCAGUGGGGGGGAAAAAAAUCACACAUUAAGAAAUAAUUCUUUUACAUCAAAUCAUGUCUGCCACCAUUAUUAGCACCACUGAUGUUAUACUUUGUACAACCCUCUUUUGCCAACAAAACAGCACCUAAUCUUCUAAAAUGCAUUUUUCAACAAUUUUCAGUGUGAGAGUAUGCUUCUGCAAUAAAAAUUGAAUUUAUUUUAAGACUUUCAGCACUUCUUAACCAGGGGAGCCAAUAAUUAUGGAGGGCGCUGUAGCUAGCUUGCUGAAAGACAGUUAGCGAACUACCAAGUCAGUUACUACAGAGUGCUACUGAGACAAGCAUUUUGCAAACUAAUGUGCGGGCAACACAUGGCAGCAAACUCAAAGGCUGAUUGAAAAAUUUAGGCACUUGGGAAUAUCAACGCUUUCCUCAAAUGCUGUGAAAGUAUGAAGUGCAACUCUAUACAAUUAACGUGACAACUAAAUGAAUUUACCAUUCACCAAAAAAUUGACUUCUAUAGCUUCCACUAUUUCUGGAAACACGCCACAACUCUUGAACUUUGAGUUUUCUGAAGAUUUCUACCUACAAGGUUAUUAAGGCUCCAUAUUUCUGUCUCUGCAGCAGCUCUGCCUCUGAGACCUGUUCACAAACCUCUAUCAAUCAUUUGUACUGCGCAUUGAAGGCAUGAAAUACUUUCCACGAGGAAGCAAACAGACUAAACAAUCUUUCUGAAGGUGGUGAUACGCAGAACAACACUUAGAGGAAAGUGUCAGGUGGCAGGCUCAGAAAUUCCCCCCCGUUGUUGUUUUUUUUUUUUUAUGAUGGAGGGAUGUCUUGCUGUCAAGAAACCUCUCCCUGUGGCUCGUGUUGUUUCCUGUUUGCUGGGAGUGUUUCCACAGCUUCCCCCUCUCGCCAGAGUAUCACCGCCGGCCUGACACAUGCCUCGGUGCUGCUGUCAUCUCCCACACAGGGUUGGAGCCGUGCCCUUUAUCUAAUGCGACUGGUGUGAUGCUUCUCCGACAUGCCUUCCCGUUGCCAUCAUUUCACACACAGUUAUAGCUGUGCCCUUUGUAGCCACUGUCCAAUUUCUUAUUUCAACGUGAGAUCUAUUUUCAUACCUCGAAAAGAUACAUUCCAUUAAAAAAAACAAUCAAAAAGA